AUGGAUGAACACACAGGGAGGCAUGAGGCCCCGGAAGAAGCGCAGCAAGAACGGAAAGAAAUGGGUCAACUAGUCAAGAGGAGCCAUGCUAUCAGGAUCAUCGCAGCGCUGGGCAUUGUCGGGCUGUGGAUGUUUUUCUCCUCGAACGAACUAUCGAUCAGCACGCCAAGCCUGAUCAAGACGGACGCUGGCGCCAAGGAGGUACAGGAGGCGGCAGCUUUGAAGAAUGAGGCCCGGCUGAAGGAGAUUGAGCAGCAGACGAUCAUGCCGCUGAUGGGAGACGAGAAGGUGAAGCAGGAGGUGGGCCGGGCGUCGUGGAAGUACUUCCACACGCUGCUGGCGAGGUUCCCUGAUGAGCCUAGCGCGGAGGAAAGAGAGAAACUGGCCACGUUCAUCGAGCUUUACGCACAGCUGUACCCGUGUGGGGAGUGUUCGUACCACUUUGUCAAACUGAUCAAUAAGCACCCGAUACAGACGUCGAGUAGGACGGCCGCGGCGAUGUGGGGGUGCCACAUCCAUAACAAGGUGAACGAGUUCCUGAAGAAGGACAUCUACGAUUGUGUCACCAUCCUCGCGGACUACGACUGCGGCUGCAGCGACGACGACGGCAAAAGAGUAUCGCUGGAGAAGGAGGCCAAACAGCUGGGCUAG